CAUUAUCAUCUUGGAGUGAGUUUGAGUUAAAAAAAUAAAGAUAAUAACAUGUUUUCGAAUAUUUAAUUUUGUUCGCAGCCUGCUCAAAGCUAUGGUGCAGCCAAGAUUCUUACAGAUAGGGUGCAGCAAGGAUCAUUUACUGCGAUAGCUAUUUGAGCAUCGAUGGUUGUGUUGUGUUAUCUUCUUUAUAACACAAAUAUAUUGAUAUUAUCAGCAUCAGCAUGGACAUCAGCCUGAACCGCAUCGACUACACACAAAUUGCGACAACCCUACCAAGGACUACCAAGCUCCUGCCCCCAACUCAAGGAAACAAGCUUCAAAAAGUUGCAGUUGGAGACAAAGAUGGAGUUGUUCAGCUAUUUUCAUUCAAGAAGAAUGAUUUGCAAGUUAUAUUUAAGACACUCCCUGGAAAAGCCAUCACAAACAUGGAGCUGGGAGGAGCUCUUGGUACAGUGAAGGACAAAAUAUUUGUCUCAGCUGGCAAUGCUGUCAUGGGCUACACCAGGAAGGGAAAGCAGUUUCUUGGCCUGGAGACAAACCUCACUGAUGACAUCCACUCAAUCCACGUCAGUGGGAGCAACCUGCUGGUGUGUAGCAGCUUCAUCUACAACCACUUCUACGACUGUGAGGACACCAACUACUACCUGAGUGGAGAGGAGAUCACGGACGUCAUAUCCCUGCCUGCGGAGAGGAUCAACUCGUUCGUGCCGGUGCUGGCCUGCCGGGACCGGUCCCUGCGUGUGAUGAAGUACAGCGGCGUGCGCUACCAGGUGGACGUGGCCGGGCCGCCGUCCACGCUGCACCUGUUCUACGGCGACGGCGGCUCGACGGCCGAGUACCUGCUCUACGGCACCACGGACGCCGCCAUCGGCUGCGUGGCGCUCGGAAGGAACGAGCCGACCGACAAGUGGACGGUGGAACCAUCGCGUGACUCGAGCCGCGCCGGUGUCGUCUGCAUGGACCACUUUGACAUGACGGGUGACGGGGUGCGCGACCUGAUCGUCGGCCGCGACGACGGCUCGGUGCAGAUCUUCAGCUACGACGACGGCGAGGAGGCGGCGCCCACGCUGCGCUAUACGUAUGCGGGUUCAGAGACGGUGACGUCGGUCCAGGGAGGUCAUGUCAGCAACUCAGAGUACGAGGAGGUGCUCGUCACUUCCUACUCAGGCUGGCUGUUCGGCCUCUCCUCUGAGAAGCGCGACCGGCACGCCUACGAGGUGGAGCCCGGCGUCAUCUCGCUGUCAGCGGAGGCCAAACAACGCAUCUACAACCUCAGGGCGGAGGUGGAGAGUCUGCAGGAGCGAGUGAGCAGGGAGCGGGAGCGCUACCACCAGACCACCCAGAGCAGCCUGGGAGGCAUCUCAGCCGUCCCCUACAUAUCCGUCAACGACCGGAUGACGCUGAGCAAAGAGGACGCCUCCUACCUGCUGACCAUCGAGGUGCAGACGCCCAUCGACAACGUCCUCCUGCAGAGCGACGUGCCGGUGGAUCUGCUGGAUGUGGAGAAAAACUCGGCCGUCGUCAGCUACAGCACCUGCGACCAGUCGCAGACGGGUAACUUCCUGCUGGCCACCUACCGGUGCCAGGCCAACACCACCCGUCUGGAGGUGAAGAUACGCACCAUUGAGGGUCAGUACGGCCGGCUGCAGGCGUACGUGACGCCGCGGCUGCAGCCAAAGUGCUGCCAGGUCCGCCAGUACCAGGUCAAGCCACUCAGUCUGCACAUGCGCGCGCACCGCUUCGACCCCAAUAGGCCGUACAACAGUCUGACGCUGACGGGUAAGUUCAGCUACGCCGAGGUGCACGCCUGGCUGGCCUUCUGUCUGCCCGAGGUGCCCGAGCGGCCCCCCUCCGCCGACUCGGCGACGCUCAGCUUCGUAUCCACAUUUCUGGACACGAUGCUGCAUGUCAACUAUAGACAAGGUCAGGUGGAGUUCAAGUCGGACAACAUCUCCACCAUCUCAAUCAUCAAGGACGUGCUGACCAAGGAGGCCACCAAAAAGAAAAUCCACCUCAGCAUCAACUGCGACGUGAACGAGGGCAGCGUGGUGCACACGCUGCAGCUGCUGCACCCCAAGCUGGACGCGCAGCUGCAGCUGGCCAAGAAGGUGGCGCUCAUCGGGCCGCUCACAGAGCUGGUGGCGCACGAGCACGACUCGGGCGCGGCGUUCUUGACGCCCGAGUACCGCGCUAUCCUGCAGCAGGCGGCUCAGCUGCAGGAGCAGAGCAGCCGCCAGCCGGCGCACCUCGAGAGGCUCUAUGGCAUGAUAACGGAUCUGUACAUCGACAAGCACAAGUUCCAGGGUGUGAACGUCAAGUCCAAGGUUCCGCAACUGCUGGACAUUCUCUACAACUACGACCUGGGCAAGCUGCUGGCGUUCUUCACCCAGGGCUCGCGUCAGACGCACACACCCACCUCGGCUCCGUCCACCCCAGCCGAGUGAGAGAGAGGGACCGGCGGCUGCGGCACUGAGCGGGUGGUAUCGGUCAGUUGUGGCCGGUCAGUCUCAUCACAGGAGGUAGGCAGUCAUGAUGGUCCUCUUCUGAGGAGGAAUGAUGACUGUAUCCGUGAUGUGAGUGGUGAGAGACGGUGAUAUUGUCGGUGGUACGAGUACGCGUGGCAGCGAAGCGUGGGUACUGGUGAGAGAUGAUCUAGUCAGUGGGGUGUGUAGGUGAAGGUAUACUUUCACAGGGCGCCUAUCAAUGGUAUACUGGAGUCGUGUUCAAUGGUCUAGUCGUGAUGCCGAAGCACAGUGUCGAAUCAUUCAAUACGGUUACAGUUUUCAGCAUUAUAUUGCAAAGGUCUACACCGUGCAAUUUUAUUAACUCACACAAUCAUUGUUUGAUCUCUGACGGAUCUCAUUUUAUUUAUUAUGCAGCUCCUUAUUACGUAACUGAACUCUUAUAAUUGAAUAACUUCAAUUCGUCUUGUUUUGCAUACGCCAAUGUAAUAAUUGUGUUGAUCGUCAAAUCAAAUUCAGAUGCGUCAUUAGUAGCUGUCCAGAUAGUUGAAGCGUGGGUGGGCCGACUAUCCCUAUGCCCAAGUAUUUGUUAAGUUCUUUGUCUUUGGACGUGCUUAGAAAGGGAUGGUCGACAUAAACGGUCGAUUCUGUUCACGUCAUUGGGUCCUGUUACGGACCUCUUUCCGGUUCUACGCUAAAAAAACGAAGGAUGCUGUUUGUAAACGGCACGUGACCGUGGUCUGACUCGUAACCACCUCGUAACUCCUCCCUGUAUCGCUUUAUUUCAAGGUCAUUCCAAGGUCCCGGCCAUUCUUGUGUUUCCGUGCGCAUUUCGCGGCAUAUGUUACAUUUGCUGCGUCGUUUGUAGUGGAUUUUGAUUUAAUUCCGCCACUACACUACUUAAUGGCACACCGAUUUAAUUGUCUGUCCGUGACUGUACAUCGAGUAUCACUCCGUCCAGUACUCCGUCCACACGACGCGCCGACACUGUGUGUUGCACUGUGACCAGAGACGGAACUGCCCCAACGGGCUAGUGUGUUGUCUGCGCGACACUGCACAUAUCAACUGUGCUAUACCACGGUUCGGUGUGAUCUUGUGCACAACUAGCGCAAAUACACAAAGAUACCUCCACUAGUUGGUCCA